AUGACCGGCCACGUUGUCUUCGUCGGCUUGGCCCUCGUCCUAUGUACGGCCGUGCCUGCAGCCAACACCGCGGCGAAAGCUGUCAGCAAUCCCGAAAUCAUAGUCGGCACCGAGGACGUCAUCCUCUCGAGAUUGUCGAGCGAGCGCGAGUCGUCAGUUCGUCCUGCGACGACUCCGAUGCCGUCGUCGAUCACCACAGGAUUCCGGCGAACGGUGAACCGCGUGAGUCCCUCGACCGCAUUGCCUUCAACUGUCGCCCAGCUUCUCCACAUGUACAAAACGCAGGACUUGCUGCGACAAGCAGCGGUGGUCGCCCGAAUCCGGCAGCGGUAUACGGCAGCGAUGCGCGUAUUCUAUCAGAAUGGGAACUCCGAGGCGGAUCUCCCAGAGUGCUCAGCCAUGCAAGUCUGUAAUAAGGUCGACGUCUACUCAACGCCUUGGGUAGAACGCCAAUGUCGCUGCCCAGCUAGGACAACGUGCUCGAAAUCCGUCGACUCCGCCGACGGUCACACGGUCGCCGACAAGAGCCGUCUGUAUAAGACUUGUGAACCUGUCAAGAAGCUUCCUGAAUGCAGAUUCUUCCGCGACGCGACGUGGACCAUCGAGCAGACCGCCUCGAAUCACACCCAACAAACGCUACACUGCACCUGUCCGAAGAGCGCAGUGGCCUAUCUGGCCAAGUAUGAACUAGUUCCCACCGCGUCGGGAGUCAACUUCAAAUACUCGUUCGCUUGUUCCCCUCAAGUUCGACAAAAGUGCCAACCUUCGGAACCCUGUCGACUAUUCACCGUCAAAAAGCGACGGGUCGUCGAUGAGGUGAACUCCGACACAUUGUGCGACUGUCCAGCGCAGCAAUGGUGCCCGUCGCAUCACACAGAUAGCUCAAUCAGUCCGGGAUCGUUCUUCAAGGAGGAUCACUCGAAAAUCUUCACUGGAUUCUGCCAGUCGAUAGUCUAG